AUGGAGAUGUCGGAUUAUUUAAGGGCCUUUCUGGCCAGAGAGGAUGAAAGCAUUCGGGAGAUGUUCAAUGGACCCGGUGCCAAGAUGAUAAUGUGGAUGCACAACAAGACGAGGAUUACUGAAGAGGACCUGGCCCGCAAAUACACCGAGGAGGAAGUAAGGGAACUGUGCUUGCGUACUAAAGUAAAAGUGAAAAUGACGUCCUACAACUGCCUUUGGGACGCCAAGAAACGUUUCGAUGCGAAAAAGCGACUGGAGAACCAGUCCUCCAGAUUCAUCAAUGCCAUGUAUUUAAAAGCGGUGCGCAAGAAGAUGGUUCAGCCCUAUGAUGAGGAGUAUAUAGCCAACCAGAGGGAUGUGGUGAGAGCCCAGACCAAGAAGCUCUAUAACCAUUUGCUGGAUUCCUGGCACGGCAAGACCUCCGCUCCAGAUUGGGAUGCCUCCGAGGCUCAGAGUCUGGAUGAAGAUCCACAGGAUCCCCUCGAGGGAGCUGAUCCACCGAACGCAGGUGAUCAAGAGGAUCUCGAGCUUUCUUCCGAUCUAGAUCUCCAGGGGAUUGGUGACCUGGACGAGGACGACGAACUGCAGGAGCAGCUGCAGCUUCUUCCAGAUUCCCCGGACAUUUCAGCUACCCAAAUGAAUGAAAGCUGGGUGCGUCGUGGUGAGAAUAUCAACUCGGAAAGCCUGUCCAUUGGUAGUAUCAAUACAGAGGACUUUCCCAGCACCCAAAACUCGGUGCCUGAUUACGAUCUUUUCAACACCCAAGUGACCGCCUCCACUCAGGAGUCUCCCAAAUAGCUUAAGUUUGAAUAAGUUUGACAAUAUUAAAGUCCUAGUUUUGUUUUUAUUGAUUCUUGUGAAGUGACCGGUAAAAAACGCUUGUUAAAAACAUUGAAUCCCUAAAAAAUGUGUUUUUUGUAAAAUGAGUAAUAAAAUCUUAGUUAAAAUAA